AUGACUGACACGCCUGUGGAUGCAGAUGAAGUCGGUGCCUUUGGUUUGUACAAAACUGGAACUGAACAUUUGUCGACUGAGUCUGUAAAUAGCAUCAAUCUGUAUGUAGUAAAUGUUCACUUAGGUAAGGCAAAAGUUAACUGUAAGGUGGAAGUUGACACGGGUGCAUCUCGUUCUAAAGUGUCAAAGUGUGUAUAUGAUUCUGUAUUAUCUAAUUAUACCCUUCAGCAUGCAGGAAUAAUUUUGCGUAGUUAUUCAGGUGAAAAGAUUCUUGUAUUGGGAAAAACGUCUGCACCAGUGAAGUAUGAUAAUCAAGAAAAAGUCCUUGAUUUAAUUGUUGUCGAAAGAAAUCUCCCUGCAUUGUUUGGGCAAGACUGGUUAAGUAGAAUAAAACUAAAUUGGAAGAACACGUUUAGGGUAAAGGAAGAGGUCAUUACGGAUAAGUUUUCUGUUCCAAGAUCUGAGACCUUUCCUGCUAAAUUCAACGAUUUAUUGCAAGAACACAAAAAUCUAUUCAUAAUCCACCCUUAGAUUUUCAGAGGGAACCUUCGUUCCUGAAACAAGGUUACAAAUUCAGUCUGAAGUAGACAAUGAGAUUUCUCCUAAAUCUAGUGUUAUUGCUGUACCUGUUGUUGAUGAUAAUAGUAAUGUAG